AUGCGAACAGCGACGACAACAAUGCCAUCAACAGCUGCUUUGUUGCUUGUUAAGCUGCCUGCAAACGCCAUCAAAUCGGCCAAAUCGACGACGGUCAGGCAGCCAACAAAUACCGCUCGCGGCGGUAGUGAAUCCAUAACAGUCCUGGAAUUCCAUAAAAUGUUAACAGAUUUAUUAUUGUUGCUGUUGCUGACAGCAAUGCUAUGUCUGCAACAGUGGACAGUAGCUUAUCGCCACAAGGCGGCCAAUUACGAACUCUUGGAUAACGAUUCCCGCUUCAUUUCAUACCAAGAUUUGAUGUCGACUUCGAAACGUUUCAACGAUCUAAAUACGACUUACUAUUCGCAAAUGUUGUUUGAUGUGGCGCGAAAUCAAGUUAUUGUUGGCGCACGCGACUCAAUUUAUCGCAUGUCCUUCGAUUUGGAGCCACUGGAACGUGCCAUUUGGGCUGCACCGCCCGAACAGAUCGGCAUUUGUCAGGUAAAAGGCCAGUCGGAGCGUUUGUGUCGCAACUAUGUGCGCGUACUGCAGAGCUAUGGUGAGAAUCAGUUGUACGCGUGUGGGACGAACGCCUUUCAGCCGCAAUGUUCAUGGCGCCAGAUGGAGAACCUUACUAUUGUGGCCUAUGAUAAUGGUGUGGGAAAGUGUCCCUUCAAUCCGCAUUCAAGCAUAACGAGUCUAAUGUCCAGCACUGAUAAGAUGUUUGUGGGCACAGCGACCGACUUCUCAGGUGGCGAUGCGGCGAUUUUGCGCACCGAGGUGCAGCCAAAGAAAAUCUUUGGCUAUCGACAUAUUGUACGUACUCAGCAAUACAACAACAACUGGUUGAAUAAUCCGCAUUUCGUGGGCAGCUUCGAGGCUGGCAAUUUCGUUUAUUUCCUAUUCCGUGAGCCGGCUGUGGAGUAUAGCAAUUGGGGCAAGAUCAUCUAUUCGCGCAUUGUGCGGGUUUGCAAAAAUGACGUUGGUGGCGACCACAUUUUGAAAAACAGUUGGACUUCGUUCGUUAAGGCGCGCCUGAAUUGCUCACUACCCGGCGAGUAUCCGUUUUAUUUCGAUGAGAUACAAGGCAUGACCUAUUCGGCGGAUGAGGAUGUUCUCUAUGCGACUUUUACUACACCAGAAAAUAGCAUUCACGGUUCAGCGAUAUGUUCAUACAAUCUCUCGGCAAUAAAUGCCGCAUUCGAUGGCCCGUUCCGCUACCAAGACUCUGCCGAUUCCGACUGGCGCAUUGUAGAUAUGCCUCAUCGUAGCCAGUUCCAAUGCGAAACACCCUCCCCAGAUAUGCGCUACAAGCGUCUACUCGAGUCAUCUAAAUUCCAACUUAUGGCCCAAGCCGUACAACCAAUGACCGAGCAACCUCUAUACUACUCCAAACUGGAACGUUUCCAUCAUAUAGCUUUGGAUACAUUACAAACAAAAACCGAAAAGGUCCAUGUCUUGUUCGUGUCCACCGAUGACAAGCGCAUCAAGAAACUUUCCGUCAAACAUCAGAUAGAAGAGCGUCGAGCGCAAACGUGCUUAGUUGAGGUGUGGCAGUCGGCGGAGUAUAGUGGCGCUGAUGGUGAAAUUUUAAAAAUGGAGUACCUCAAGGUAACUGAGUCGCUGUAUCUCGGCACUGAGCAGUCACUAGUGCGUAUACCGGCGCAGCGUUGUAGUCGGCAUGUAUCGCAGAGCAGUUGCUUGAACGCUAUGGAUCCAUAUUGCGGUUGGAAUGAGCUGAUCGAGCGUUGCACGCCCCAAGAAUUGGUGCUGCAAUUAAAUAAAUUCUGGCUACAACCCGACACCUUACAGUGUCCCAUCUUGAAUGCACCCAUCGAUGGCGCCUGGUCCACCUGGUCGGAGUGGUAUAAAUGCAAGAAACAUGGCGAUGAUGAUGGCAACUGCAUGUGCCGCACACGUGAAUGCAACAAUCCGCAACCGCAAAAUGGCGGACGCUCUUGCGAUGGUAUAACUACGGAAGUGACGAACUGCACCGUACAUGGUGAUUGGACAAACUGGUCGGAGUGGUCUGCAUGUUCGCAGUCCUGUGGCAUUGCGGUGAAGACGCGCCGGCGCACGUGUGGCAAUCCGAAGCCAGCGCAUGGCGGUCGUACUUGUGUAGGGGACGAUCAUCAAGAGAUGUACUGUCGUCAUUUGCCACCUUGCCCCACGCCCAAAUUGCAAGCAAUCGAUGGUGGUUGGGGUCCCUGGGGAGUGUGGAGCGAAUGCAGCGCGAAUUGUGGCGGCGGUUUUCGCAUACGUCGCCGUGAAUGUAACGAUCCGGCGCCACAGAACGACGGCCAGGAAUGUCCUGGCUGUGCCAUCGACUACGAAGUAUGUAAUGUGCACGCCUGUCCCGAAGUGAAGAAACUGAGCUCCUGGACGCCCUGGUUGGUAGACUACAAUGACAGCCAUAAGAGCGCCGAAGCAAGUGGCACGUACGUUGAGCGUCGAUUUAGAUAUGCCUGCCGUGGCAGCACAACUGACUUGAAUAGUUUGCGUUUAACAUUGGCGAAGGAAGAAACGCGUACAUGCCACGCGGAUGGCAGUUGCCAGCGACACCACGAAGUGUACGGCGGCUCGACAGCAGCAGUUGCCAUACCAGCAGUGUCGGAGGAACGUGAAGAGCAUGGCGAAUGGGGUCCGUGUAGUGCCAGUUGCGGCGGGGGCAUGCAAUAUCGGCUACAUGAUGCCGGCAGUGGUGGCAAGCAUCGGGGACGCCAUGCCACACAGGCACGUGUGUGUAAUAUACAACCUUGCGAAGAAUCUUCAGUGCUACCGGCGGCGAAUCUAAAUGAGGUAGUCCUAGCGCACGAGUGGAGUUGUUGGACGGAUUGGUCACCAUGUUCGGUGACAUGCGGUAUGGGCAUAAAGCGCCGUACGAGGCGUUGCUUAGGUGGACACGAUAAGUUGUGCAAUGGCAGGGCGAUUGAGGAGGAGAAAUGCGCUAUGGCGCCGUGUACUGAUUUCGUGGGUUGGAGCACAUGGAGCGCUUGGUCGGAAUGUACUAGCGAUGGCAUACGCAUUCGACACCGCAAGUGCAUGGUCGAUGUGCCCUCAGCGAACGAGUGUCGUGGUGCCGAAUUCGAGAAGACUGCUUGUGUGCCGAACGAAUAUGAAGCCGCUCGCCUAUCUUCCACCACUUCUUGGCCCUGGAUCAUACUGCUAGUAUCUAUAGUCUACGUCAUCACCAUUAUCGGAACAUUCUAUCUGACCAAACGAUUCAUGAAGCCUGUCGACUUAGUAUUGAAUAAGAACAACACGCCUGUUGCGCCCAGCUACGAUUCGUAUGCCAAUCAGUAUUCCAGUCUGCCGACAAAGGACAUCUAUGAGGUGCGUCCGAAAGUAAAGCGACAAUCAAGUUUCAACAUGUGCUCACCAUCGCCAUCGAAAAGCUGUAAUACUGGUACGCUGACUCGAAACAACAUGGCACACAAUCAUACACCUAAGGUGUUGGCAAAGACUUACAAUGACUGCGAGACGGGUACACUGAAAAGGAAUUCACAUCAGCUGAACAAUUACCGGUCGAAUAUUGACGACGAGAAGUUCUAGUGGUACGAAGCCAAUACAGGAAGGCAUCACAAUGGCUUAGCGUUGGGAAGAAGACUUUAGGAGUCAUCUAAAAUCAUUGACUUAUAGCGCUUAGGACGUUAAAACUUCCCGGCUGAAUAGUAGUGCCUUUUAUAGACUAAGUAAAUUCGUCGUACCUUUGGUCGCUCAAAUGUGCUCUUCGCUGCUUGGCAGCUUGUUAAGAUGUGUCUUUAACUAGUUAGGUAACCACUUUACUUUUUAAGAACAUGUGAGACUCUGGAAUAUUCUAUAGUAUCAUUUUGUGUGCCAUUAGAGCGCUAAGUCUGCCACAAAACAAACAAUCAAACAAAAAAAUAAUUACAAGAAAUAUGUAGAAAUAGAGAUCAUAUUCAGCUCGAAUAUGUUUUUCGAAAUGUUGAUCUACACUAAAAUAAGAUUUUUGUUUGCAAAUGUUGUUAGAAGCGCUUUGCUAAGAGAAAUUUUGUGCAGUGAAGUGCAUUUAGUUGUAAGCCGGAAAUGACUCAUAUUGAGUAUAGAUUUUGAAUUAGUAUAGAAUUAUGUAUUUUUAUAUGCAUACAUAUGUAUAUUUACAAAUUAGUAAAUAAGUUAGCUAAAUUAAGUUGUAAAUACAAUACAAUAGCAAACUGAAAUGUAAAAAAUUAAUUUUAGCUGCCAUCUUUGCUUAACAUUACACAACAAGUUCUUAAUUUUUCUUAGUUUUAUUUAUUUUUAUUUGAAGUUGCCUAUGUAUGUAUAUUUUUUUGUGUAAUUCCUAUUUGUUGACAAACAUAUUUUCCAAAAAAUUAACUGCAAUGAUAAAAUUUCGCUCAGGUAUGGCGAACUCUAUCCUUUCUGGAAUGAAAUAAAAGUAAAUGACCCCAAAUUAAGGAUUUUUUUAUUUUUCUGUUCUUAUUUUUUGUUUUUUUUUUU